AUGCAGACUGCUUCUGCAAACAUUUGUGAAAGAAUAGGUCACUCUCAGGAGCUCAGUGAAUUCAAGCGUGGUAACUUGAUAGGUUGCCACCUGUGCAAUAAAUCCAUCCUUGAAAUUCCCUUGCUACUAAAUAUUUAGCAGUCAGUUGUUAGUGGUAUGAUAACAAAGUGGAAGCAACUGGGAACAACAGCAACUCAGCCACAAAGUGGUAGGCCAUGUAAAAUGACAGGGCAGGUGGGGUCAGCGCAUGCUGAAGCGCACAGUGCACAGAAGUCACCAAUGGUCUGCAGAGUCAAUAGGUAAAGACAUCCAAACUUCAUGUGGCCUUAAGAUUAGCACAACAGUGCAUAAAGAGCUUCAUGAAAUGUGUUUCCGUGGCCGAGCAGCUGCAUCCAAGUCUUACAUCACCGAGUGCAAUACAAAGCUUCGGAUGCAGUGG